AUGUCUACACCCACCACAGCGAUAAAGGAGGCCAGUGCGGUCCACGAAGAAAAUAUGGAGGGUGUCCAAACCUCGGCCUCUUCGAAGGAGGACGCAGCGACCUUGACGGAAGGAGAGACAAAUGAGGAGAAGGAGAAGAUGCUAAGUGCGGUGCGGCAAGUCGAAUUCUACUUCGCGGAUUCAAAUCUGCCGUUCGACAAGUUUAUGUGGACGCUGCAUACGGCCAACUCAGAGCACUGGGUCCCUAUCAAAACUGUCGCGUCGUUCAAACGUAUGCGUGACUUCCAAUCCCAGGGGGUUGAAUGGGUCGUGAAGGCCCUCCAGUUGAGCGAGGAGCUGGAGGUGGACGAGGCGGGCGAGAAUGUUCGCCGGAGGACAGAAGUUCAACCUCCCAAGGGUCAAUUUGAGCGCAGUAUAUAUGCGAAAGGUUUUGGUGCGGAAGACCCUAGUCUGCAGAAGAAGUUGGAAGACUUCUUCAACAAGUACGGGAAGACUAAUGCCGUACGGAUGAGGCGGGUAGAUGGUACGAAGGAAUUCAAGGGCUCCGUGUUCGUCGAGUUUGCCGACUUCCAGUCCGUGGAGACAUUCCUCAAUGCCGACCCCAAGCCCACCUGGGAAGACAAGGAGCUUCUCAUCAUGUCAAAAGAGGCAUACUGCGACAUGAAAAUCAAGGAGAAGGGCCUGAGCGGUAAGGCCGCGGACCUACGCAGGCAGAAUAUUGCAGGAUCCGGCCGUAAAGGGUUCAACGCAUUCGCUGAGAUGGCGGCGAAGGAGAAGGGUGGCGACAGGAAGGGCAAGGACAAGCCCAAGGGCGAGGUUUACCUUGAGUUCUUGGGGAACAAAAUCCGCGUUCACGACGAGGACGGCGGAAGCGUCAAACCUGAAGACGUUCCCCUGGUCAAGGGUGCUUCGCUCAAGUUCGACGGUGUCGGAGACGAUGUCAGCUUUGACGAGAUCAAGGGUACGCUUAAGGAGCGCUUUGCUCGUGCACCCUUUGUCAAGUACAGCAAGGGCGAUAGCUGGGGCCUGGUCGGCUUUGACAAGGCACUAUCAGAGGAAGACGUUUCCUACGUGAAGGAAAACCUAAAAAAGCUCAGCGGCAAGGAUAUCGCGUGGUCCGUCCCCGAAGAGGAGCAAGAACGCGCCUUCCAGCUCGAGAGGGCAGCGUCUGCCGCUAAACGUGCCCUCUCCUUCUCGCAGAACCGCGAUUCCAGGGGUGGUGGCCGGGGUGGCCGUGGUGGUCGCGGCGGUCGUGGCGGACGUGGUGGCCGGGGCGGACGCGGCGCACGUGGCGGCCGUGGUGGUGCCCGGGGAGGCGACCGGUCAGAAAAGUCUGGCGAGGCGGCCAACGACGAGCAAGCGGGCGAGAAGCGGAAACGGGCGGUCGAGCCCGACGGCGGCCCCAACAUGGGCGUCCGCGGACAGGGUGUCCCCGUCAUUCAGAGUUCGAAGAAGGCGAAGACGGACGGCGAGGCGGCGUCAUAG